GCAAUCAUAAGGAACUUUGAGCUGCUGGAGCAGUGUUUAGGCGGGAUGUUACUGGGACAAAGCCUCUCCGUCGGUGUGUGCUUCUGCCUUCAGCUUUUUCAGACUGCCAAGAGGUCUAAUGAUGUGCAAGAUGUCGGUAAGAGCGGCAGCUACGUGGUCUUCGAACUCUUAGUACUCUUCGUAUACUGCUGGUUCGGGGACGAUCUCAUUUCGGAGAGCGAAAAAGUGGCACUCUCGGCUUACGACGCGGUGACUUCCCUGCAGGAAUGCCCGACGUCUACCAAACGGUCGCUGUUGCUUCUGAUGCUCAGAGCUCAACGGGCGCUACGAAUCACUGCUGGUGGCUUCUUCUCUCUCUCCAGAGAGUCCUUCGUAUCAGUUUUGAAUGUGUCGUAUUCAUUCUUCACUAUUCUUCUUAAUUUCACUGAUGAAUAGAAAUACC